UAAAAAAAUUUAAAAAAAAUGAAAAAGACAUAUCCGUCACUUCAAAAUAUUACAUACAUACAAAAUCCAACAACAUUUCUAUACAAGCAUAACAUUUCCACACCAUAACAGCCACCGUAGCCACCACCACCGUUAUGGGGGCUUCAGAACCUGUGGUAGAGAGAGAGGGUGAAAGGAGAGAGGAGGGAGAAGAAGAAGAUAAGGGGGAGGAGGAAGGAAAUGAGAGGAAAGAAGAGGAGAAAGAUGUGGAGAAAGGACAAGUGCUGGGUGUUAAAGAAAAGGUGAUAGACAACAGUAACAUUGGUGUCAAUAAUGAUCUACCUAACCGGCUGGGAGAUUCUCAUGUGGCAAUGAUGCAGAGGUUGAACCCAACAAAUCCUUUGAGGAUUGUCAUCAAUGGCUCUUCCAGAAUGCCUACUCCUUCUCCUUCUCAGACUUCUCUGCCUCGGUCUACACCAACCCCACAACCAUCGCUAACAACAUUGAAUUCAAGAAGAUACACAAACAGAAUAUCUCUGUUUCUGUUUGUCCUGCACAUGGUUGUCGCUGUUGGACUGGUAUCUUUUCUUAUAUUCAAGGGAAUUCAAGGAUUGACAGAAGCUUCGGAUAGUGUGAAAAGAAAAGAGAGGAGGAUAUUGAAGUUCUACCUCCCACAAGUUGAAACCGCAUCUCUAUUAAGCAUCACCCUUGCGUUUGUUUGGCAAAAGGCAGUUAGACAAUGGCCUAAAUUCAUGGUUCAGUUCAUAUUAUGGAGCUCUUUUUUACUGUCGUUAUCAGCUGGAAUUCUUUUAAUUUGCUUCCAAAGGGCUACUACUGAUGGUGUUGGAGUUUGUCUUAUUGCCUUUUCAAUUGGCAAUGGCUUGUAUGCCUGUUGGGUUACUCAAAGAAUUGGGUUUUGCAGCAAGAUUCUGAUCAAAUCACUGGAACCGGUUCCGAAAUUCCGUGAUUUGAACCAACCCACUUAUUGUAUGCUUGGAGUUGGAUUCUUGUGGAUGUCUCUUUGGAUUUUAGCCGUGAUUGGAGCCAUGAAUUUCUACUUUACUCCUUUGAUCAUUAUUGCACUGGUGUUGAGCUUGGCUUGGACUGCAGAAGUUAUGAGGAAUAUAGUUAAUUUGACAGUUAGUAGGGUAAUUGCUCUGUAUUAUCUUCGAGGAAUGCAAUCCAGCAGUCAAUUUUGUUUCCAAAGAGCUUUAACUCGGAACCUUGGAAGUGCUUGUCUGGGGUCUCUAUUUGUGCCUGCUAUUGAAGCACUGAGAAUUGUUGCUCGGGGUUUGAAUUUGCUAGAGGGGGAGGAUGAGUUCAUGUUUUCUUGUGCUCAUUGCUGUCUUGGAAUUAUGCAGUCUAUCUUCAGAUAUGGAAAUGGCUGGGCCUUUGUACAGAUAGCUGCAUAUGGAAAAGGGUUUGUGCAGGCAUCACAAGACACCUGGCAACUCUUCGAAAGACGCGGAAUGGAAUCCAUUGUUGACUUGGACAUAACCAGCUCGAUUUGCUUCCUCACAGGUGUUUGCAGUGGAUCUAUUUGCGUAAUUGUUGUGGCUGCCUGGACUGCCAAAGUGCAUCAAACCUUCACUGCCACUCUCUCGCUCCUGUCCUUCUUCAUUGGAUACCUCAUGACCAGGAUUGCCAUGGCAUUGCCGCAUGCCUGUGUGAGCUGUUACUAUGUUUGCUACGCAGAAAAUCCUGAUCCCAGGUUGUUUGAUCGAAUCAUCAAAGAUCAACAGGACAUGAUGAACUCGGAUCGCGGAGUGGUCAUGCCCAUACCCCGCAGAUUUUCAACUAACUCAUGAGCUGAGGCGACCCCGCAGGGAUUCCAAAUCAACAAGGCUAUAAUGACUAAAGUGUCUUUGGUCCUGUCCCUUGUAUCAUAGUAGCGCUUACACUUUUAGGAUAUUCCUCGGAAGUAAUUGAGAUAAAAGCUUCAUCACCA